CAGGGUGACCCCACGGAACCUUGAACCGCGAGAUUUUUCAAAAAGCACUUUCUUCUGCGACUUUUUCGUGCGUGACAGUGGAAGAAAAGAAAUCAGUUUUCGAGUAUAGUUUGUAAUAUUCUGCAAAAUGAAGUUUCAAAUCAGCUGUUUUAUUGUGUUGUCAGUGGUCGCUUUGGUUGACGCGUUCCCUCGCGGUGUCUUUCCGCGGGACUUUCACCGACGCGUCGCGACAGAUGUAGACUUCUCCGGGAACGGACCAGACGAACCUCUUCGGGGAUCAGUCAGAGUUGUCAAACUCAGCCCUCAUUUUCUGCGACGGGCCGCUGGUAGUCACGUGCCGUCCAAAAACUCACGAAAUCGAGGCACGUUUCCGGCUUUUUUGGCCCUCGGACGUCCCGGUCCGUCAGUGCUGUCCCACAGCAAACCAGGGGCCCUACUCCCCCCGGUGAGCGCGAGCAGCUCCAGCGCAGAUGCCCGGAGGAAACAGGGUCUGGAGAUGUGGCAGAAAGUCAUGCACAAAAGCGAGAGAAGCAAAGAGACCGUGGCGCUACGCAUCAACCCCAAAGACUUGAGCAAACAGAGCUGUGCCGCAGUGUCCUUCACACAGCGCGUAACGGAGGACGGCUGUGAGACUGUAACCGUUCACAACAACCUCUGCUUCGGUCAGUGCAGCUCCAUGUUCGUCCCGUCCAGCGGAGAGUCUCGUGCACAGCAAGGAGCCCAGUGCACGCGCUGCGGGCCCUCUAAAUCGCGCUCAGUGCUCGUGCCCCUGCGCUGCGGGACAGAGGUGCGCGAGAGGCGCGUCAUGGUCGUUGAAGAGUGCAAAUGCGAAACUAGUAGUGAAGAGGUCAAAGUUCAUAACACGAAAAUGUCUCAUUUAUAACAGACAUUUUAAAGUUUUUAUUUGAAGCGUUCUAAUAUUUAAGUGCACCAAUGGUGUGUGUAUUUGAGGAUUACCAAGCCACAUACAUGUGGAAGAUUUGUGUUGUGUGUCUGACGAGUGACCAAAAUACGGUUCAGACUGUAAAAUCUUUCUGUAAACUGCCGUCUGAUGUUCAGCGGUAUCUUUGUGUUAAUUGUUAUGAAGAUGCUGCUCUCGAGUUUAUUAUUAUUAUUUUUUAAAAAGUGUAAUUUCAUAUCUUCACCGAUAAGUGUCGCUGUUGCAUGAAAAUGAUUUCAUCAUUUUUUUUUAAAUACUUUAGUUUACUCUGUUGUUCACAUAAAGAAUAAUGUGAAUUGAGGUAAAUUGAAUCACAUUGCAGUGCCUGUUAAAAGUGGUCCGGGUUUCUCGACUUCUUCUUAUACAGCAUUAAUCUUACAGAUCAAAGUGUUUUUGUUGUAUUUUGUUGAGAUGUAUUUGAGUCUUGUGGCAAUAUCAGAUCAUUUAGUUCUCGAAGAAAAAGUUAAAUAAUUAAACUGUAGGCUACCUACUAAGCAACAAAUACCACUCAAAGUGGGGAAGUACUAAAUUAAAAUGUGCUAAAUCAAUAAAA